AUGGAUGAAAGUGGGAGAUGUGAUGACGAUGAUGUCCUGGAUCACCUUUUACUAGUUAAGCAGGAACAGCCCGGAGCAAGAGGGUGUCCAGUACCCUCUUUAUUCCGGGCCAGUGGCCAAGUAAAACAGGGCAACUCAAAAAUUGGAAGUUUAUCUACGUUGAACUCUUUGGUAGAAACUCUUUUGCUGACAGCUCUAAAAUUAGCCAUGGUGAAGAUCUCUGGAGAAUCCCAGGUCGAGUGCCACCCAUACCUCACCCAGGAGAAACUGAUCCAAUAUUGCCAUUCUAAGGGCAUCACUGUCACAGCCUACAGCCCCCUGGGCUCUCCAGAUAGACCUUGGGCUAAACCAGAAGACCCUUCACUAUUGGAGGACCCUAAGAUCAAGGAGAUUGCUGCCAGGCACAAAAAAUCCCCGGCCCAGGUUCUGAUCCGGUUCCAUAUCCAGAGGAAUGUGGUAGUGAUCCCCAAGUCUGUGACUCCAGAACGUAUUCUCGAGAACUUUCAGGUCUUUGACUUCAAAUUGAGUGAUGAAGAGAUGGCGACCUUACUCAGCUUCAACAGAAACUUUAGGAUCUGUCUCCUGGCUGACCAGGCUAAUUUGCCGGACUACCCCUACAAUGCCGAUUACUGAAGCUGAAUCUCCUGAUGAGACACCUGGUGGAUUCUUUCUCUUCACUGAAGUGGAAUUUGCUCUCCCUGAGGCCCAUUUUAACUAAAUUUAUAUGAAAUUAUAUUGUGCUUGAUCUUGUCAGAAUCUAGGCAAAAUUAGAAAAAAAUUAUUAGUGCCUUAUAAUUGUACAUAAUGGUCCCUGCACGCAACAUUCGUUGCUCAAUCUCCUUCCCAGAACUGUCUUUCCUUCUCUUCCUCCCUCCCCCUAAGCAAGGUUUUAUUUAGAUCCAUAUGUUGAACCAAGGAAAGACUUAUCACAGGGAAGUAUGACUCAGAUGAGCAAAUGACUAUUUCUUCCACUUAUUUGAUCUGAACAAAUGUUUGUUAAACAACAGGGUCUCUGCUACCAUUGAGGAUGCAAAAAUAAAAAUAAUGAAAAAAAAUAAUGAAAGUAA